AACCCUUCAUUCACUGCUUGACGUGUUACGCCCCCUUGUGCGUACAACCUCCUUGGAGUACGCAUGCGUGCCAUGCGCCUGCUACUACAGACGUACCGGCUGAUCACAGGCCCUGCAGGACUAUCAUCUGCAUCUCGCCCUGUACAGUGGAGGUUCACUCCGCGUUGCAAGACGACUAUGGCCGAUGAAGUGAAUAAGGCCCAGCAGGCUGCCCCUGAAGGAGACACAAUUUUUGGCAAGAUAGUGCGAAAAGAGAUUCCAUGCGAAUUUCUUUAUGAAGAUGAACAAUGUGUUGCCUUCAAUGACAUCAGUCCCCAAGCCCCAAAGCACAUUCUUGUAAUUCCUCGCAAGCCAAUCAGCCAGCUCUCUAAGGCUGAAGAUUCUGAUGAACAGUUGCUGGGACAUCUCUUGCUGGUAGCCCGUCGCGUCGCCAAGGAGCAAGGUUUGGAAAAAGGUUUCCGCCUUGUAGUUAAUGACGGAAAAGACGGAGCUCAAUCUGUGUACCACUUGCAUAUUCACAUUCUUGGUGGCAGACAGAUGCAAUGGCCCCCUGGAUAAUUCAUAGACACUUGAUAAUACCUAAUUCCAUCCUUUGGAAACUAAUUGGAGACUUUUCGUCAAUAAAAUUGGCGGCAACGCACUUAA